AAUUUUCCCACUUUUUAUCAAAAAUAGAAACAAUGAAGUAUAACAAUAGAACUAGGGUGUAUAAAUAUGACUGUAACUGCUUGGCACUAGACACAGAUGACUUGUUACGGUGAAUGAAACAUACAAAUCACUUUAAUUUACAAUUUUUAAAAGAAGACACGUGAACAUUGAUGAAAUGAUCAUUUGGUUGUUAAUGAUAUUCUCUGUCCUGUCAUAUUCAUGCAAUGGAAGUUUGGUGGAUCAAAGCACUCAAAGUUAUGAAGUUGCGGUAUUUGAUGGGAAAGCCUUAACGAAUAUCAAAACGGAAGUUGACGUUAUGAAAAAAAAUUACGAUGCUCUACUUAAGAGAGUAGAUAAUACAUGUAAUAACGAAAAGGAAAUCGCUUCCCUAAAAGGUCAAAUACAACAGUUGGAACAUAAACUUGAAAAUACUACGCAGACAUUUUCAUGUGAAAUUGAAGUUUUGCGAAAUAUUUUAGAUAACAAAUACUCACCUUUGGAGAUACCUGGAAACCAUAGCAAUGAGUCAGGUGAUGAACUACAAUGCCCUUUGGGUUGGAUUAGACGUGUUGACUUUGGUGCAUGUUAUUUCUUUAGUGAUACACAAAAGUCCUGGAACGAUGCACAGGAGCAAUGUAGAAAAGAUAACGGAUCACUUACAGAUAUCUUUUCUGAAAAGGAAAACUUGUGGUUGACUGAUAAAUACAUUCAGAAUCAAACAGCAAGUAAAUUCUGGAUUGGUGGGAAGUAUGACAAUGGCGUGUACAAAUGGUUUACCUCCGAUGGAAAAACCAAACAUAUGAAUUACACACGACUGACAAAUGGACUUCCAGAUCAACACCCUCAAAGAAAUCGUUUGGUGUGUGCUCAUUUAAAUGAUGGGGGUAUGCAUGGUGGACUACUUUUUGUUCUGAGGCAAUGAAUUUCAUCUGUAAAACA